AGUGGAUUGAACUCUAUACGUAAAGCCUUUUAAAAAAAAAGAGUUGCUUGUAUAACUCCUCUGUGUCAAAGUGUAAUCACAUUAAGGAACGGAACGUCUGACGUAAGCCGUGAGAUCGAAUAAAAGAAACUGUAAUCAGUUUACGUGGCUGAAUUGAACUUAUUAGAAAGUAGCGAUAUGGAGAACGGAAAAUACAACAUUUCAGCGUUAUCGCUUUCGAGGCCAUCAGAAGUUUUAGAAAAGUUGACGUUAACUGGAAGUUCCUUACUACUUAUCGUGGCCACAAUUGUGAAUAUACUGGCUCAUUUUGUGAUCGCCUUAAUUUUUUUAAAAUCUCGUCCUUUUCGUCAAAGCCGACAUUAUUAUAUCCUCAGUGUGGCUUUUUCAGACUUUUUCACUGGAAUGACUACCCCCUUUUUGAUCGUGGAGUCCAUGAAUUCCCGCUGGACUUUGGACCCUUAUUUGUGCCCGAUGUUUCUGGUGGUAAGGCAUUCCAUGAUGUUCAUUUCUCUUCUGAGUGUUUUGCUGUUUACUUUGGAUAGAUGGUGGAGUAUAACUUACCCAUUGUCCUAUCGAGCGCGCCAAAGCCAACAAAAAUCGGUCCUCGUUCUUAUCAUUGUCUGGAUUUUUGCAGCAAUUGUUCACAUACCUGCCAUUUUUGUAUGGAAUUCUCAGUACAUGAACAACGGAUUCAAACUGACGUUCUGCUUGUAUCCCUAUAAUUUUGAUCGAAUAUACACCAUUUCAUCGACAUUGCUCGAGUUCUUCUUGCCCAUUGCUUCCCUUUUGACUCUCAAUGUUUCAAUAUAUGUGGUAUUAGUAAGACGUCGCAAUGCCACGGAAAUUAGAAGAUCCCUCAGCACCAGUGAGAGAGCAGUCCGCAGUCGGAAAGACAACCUAUACCCUUGUUGUAUUCCAAACUGCCAUUGUAAAUCGACCAAAGCUAACAGGUUACAGCCCCGUUCGACACAAAUGGUCAAAAAUCACAGUGCCUCAGAACUACCGACGCCAGCAAACAAUAUAAGUAUUGACAGCAGAAGCAGGUCUUUAGAGGCUGUCUCGGCAGUUUCUUGUCAGUAUAAUUUUUUGCGAAAGGAAAGUGAUAACCUGGUACGAGAUUUUCUCUUACGUCAGAGCAUGAGAGCGUUGUGUUCGGUUGGUAUUCUCACCAUUUGCGCCAUUUUGUUUCGCUCACCAUACGUCAUUGCUAUACUUGUCAAUGUGUUUUCAUGUCCUGUGCCUUCGGGAAUACUGAUAUUUCUUCAGAACCUUACUGUAAUCAAUGCUUCUAUUAAUCCAUUUUUAUACAAUCUAGGAAAUAAAACUAUCAAGAAAACUAUCCGGUCCUGCAUAAAGUCUAAACUGAAGAAGACGGAUAAAUUUGGAGAAAAUUUAGCAAGCAUGUAUUGUAUUCUUGAACGAAAUGGCAAAGUUUCUACCAUCCUCAAUCAAAGAACAUAACCAUGAAAUAUUUGUUUCUGAUAUUUUAUGUUUAAAAAUGAAUUUCUUCCAUUGUGAACAAUUCAAUUUGUUACAUUCAUAUGUUAUCAUUAACAUAUUGGUGCCAUAUU